GUGCCUAUAAAACAGCAGCACAACUCUUCCUCGCCUUCUCACUCUAACUUCUUCUUCUGCUGCUUCCAUACAACCACUUUCACACUCUUCGUGCUCUCCGCCACCCUCUCCUCCUCCUUCUUCCCUUUUCCUCUCAAUUUUUCCAGAUCCCUUCUCUUCAAUCUCCAUCAAACAAAUGGCUUCUCUCACUGCUUCAUCUCUUUCAUUCUCCUCCGUUUCUUGCUCCUUCAAGCCAAACCAGGUUUCGAAUUUGAGGAAGGCUUCACUUUCAUUCAGUGGAAAGGGCUUCCCUUCUCACAGGAUGCCGGCCCUUCGGUUCCGAGUUGCAUGUGCGGCAAAACCAGAGACGGUGAACAAAGUGGUCGAAAUUGUGAAAAAGCAAUUGGCUCUUCCCGAGGAUCGUGAUGUCAAUGGAGAGUCGAAAUUUGCAACACUUGGUGCUGAUUCUCUUGAUACGGUUGAGAUCGUGAUGGGACUUGAGGAGGAGUUCGGGAUCAGUGUUGAGGAAGAAAGUGCGCAGAGCAUCACAACCGUUCAAGAGGCAGCGGAUAUGAUUGAGAAGCUCCUGGAGAAGAAGUGAGAAAAAAUUUCUGCACCUGUAGGCUUGCUAGGAAAGUUUUUUCUUACUUUGUUUGCAUGGUAUAUGGAGGGAUGCUUGGUACUUUGCUAGAAUGAAGCUGAGAGAGUUGUUAACUUGGUGGUUUUGUCCUGUUUAAGGAACUAACUAGCUUUGUCUGUUUACGUUCUCCUGUUAAACUUGGAUGGUUUAUAUUAAAGUUAUUACAGUUUUUGUCUCUGGAUGUCUCA